ACUAGCUCCUUUUCGUCCACCUUUCUCUGCAGGAGAGCAUAGGUCUUCCAAGCCAGCGCCGCUGUACUGUUUGAUGCAGACGUCUUCACGACCGAUGCUGCGGAUAGCGUGCCGAGCAUCAGCCAGGGCGCCACUGAAGACAGCGGCGGCCUCCCACGCGUCGAGGAGUGACCCCUGCCAUCCUCAACACGGGGCAUUCCCUUACCACACAGGCAAUGGGUGCCUACAAGUGUCUGUUCCUUCGCUGGUGGGACGGUCCAGGCGGCGGCUGAUGCAUCGGGAUAUGGGCGUUCGGCACGCUGCGUCGGCUGCAUCCACGACCACCCGCCCCGUCCCCCUCAUCCACGUCGAGGUUGAGGAGCAGCCAUCGCGGUCUGAUCUCACUUCCCUCAAAGAGGCAAUCGACAUCAACGGUGAGAUGCCCCACGACGAGCAUCACGAGGAGCGGCCAGAGGAGCCCACAGAGCCCCGUUUCCCCCCGCCCCCUCCCCGCCCUUAUCCGCGACAUGUGAUCCAGCUGGUCGACCGGCUGAUGGAGCUCUCACAGGCCGAGGCAGAUCAGCUGUGUCAGCUGCUGACCGAGAAGAUGACCCCCCGGCCUGCGGCGAGCGUCAGCAGCAAGGGCAAGGGGAAGGAUAAGUUCGAGCCGAAGCCUGUGGCGAGUCGGGUGCCCUUCCCACAUCCUGCGGGCAUGUUUCUUGGCGUCAGGGCGCCGCUUGCUCUGGGCAUGCGGCCGCUGACGUUGCCGGGGGUGGGGGCCGCCAUUGCUGCCAAAGGAAACCUGGUGGGUGUGAGGGCAUAAGACAGCCAAUGGAUGGAUGGAUGGAUGGAUGGACACAGAGAUGAUCGUGCAGUUACGUGUUUGUGGGUCUGUCUGUGCAGGAGCAGAUGGCCGCCAUGCAAGCCAACAUGGCGGCCAAUCCAGAGGCAUAUGCAACAUCGGGGGCCGCCCCACCCCCUGCCCAGCCAGUUGCGGCAGCAGCCGACGACACCGAGGCGGCAUCGGCUGAAGUUUAUCCGAGCAGCGGUGGUGCUGCAUCGGCGAGUGCGGCAGAGGAGAAGCCUGUGGUGGGGUUGAAGCUGCACAAGCUAGGCGACGCGAGCAAGAAGAUCGCUGUGAUCAAGGAGGUCCGGGCGCUCACCACAAUGGGGCUCAAGGUGGGCUACACACACGGACGCACUCGUAAGAAUGAGAUCGGUCCAUCCAUGUGUGCGUGUCUAUGUUUUCGUGUGUGUCAGGAGAGCAAGGAGCUGGUAGAGUCGGUGCCCAAGAUGCUCAAGCGGGGGAUGGCCAGGGAGGAGGCACAAACAUGGAAAGAGAAGCUUGAGGCGCUGGGCGCAGAGGUCACCCUGGAAUGAAUGAACCAGUGCCUGGCCUGCAUUGGACGCGGCGAGGCGAGGCGAGAUGAGACGAGGCGGCGAGUGCAGCAUGGCACGCAUGAUAUGUCACGUGCGUGCGGCGCGGUGUGCAGGGGGCGGCCGAGGGGGGAAGCUUUUCGGUUUAUGGUGUGUCUGAAACAAACCGGAUGAUGCGAGUGGAUGGGUGGAGGGAUGGAUGGGCGGAUGGGUCGGGUCGCUCUAUCGGGGCAUGGAAGACAUUUCUGUGUGUAUGCGCCAGGAGGAAAGGUCCCAACUGACCUUCUUUUUCUCGUCGGUGCGUGAGGAAAGGUCCCAACUGACCUUCUUUUUCUCGUCGGUGCGUGUGGUGGAGGCGUGUGGCGUAAGAGAGAGAGAUGGAUGGGAUGGGCAUGGGUGCGUUGACGGGGGGACUGAUGGGCAGAUUGGGACGUGGGGGAGACAGAGAGAGAGAGAGAGACGUCACUACCUACGUCGACAUUACGGAUGGAUAAGAAGUCGUUAAACUGAAACUGGAAUCG